UUUACAGAUCGACCCCUCGAACCUUCUCGACAUCGCCCAUGAAUCCACACGAGGUGAAAACCGAGGCGGCGGAGGAGCGCUCCCCUCGCCGGCCGCCGGCGUCGGUGGCCAGGGGAGCGAGAGCGGCGGCGGCGGCAGCGGUGAUUGACCUCAGUAGCAGCGACUCCGACUCCGGCGGCGAGGGCGGCAGGGGGAGCGGGAAGAGGUCGCGGGGCGCGGGAGGGGACGGCUCGGCGGGGAAGCGGGCUAGGGUUUUGGCCGCGGCGGCAGGCGUGGAUGUGCCCCCGGGAUUCCUCGAACCGAUCCCGCCGCCGCCCCCGGCGAGGUGCGCGACGAAGCAGUUUUGGAAGGCCGGGGACUACGGCGGGAAGCCGCUCGGGGAUGGAAUGCCGCAGCCGUCAGUAUCUGGAAUGGAUCAUGUUCGCGUGCAUCCUAAAUUUCUGCACUCAAAUGCGACAAGCCACAAGUGGGCUCUAGGGGCCUUGGCUGAGCUGCUGGACAACUCUCUCGAUGAAGUUGUAAAUGGAGCUUCCUAUGUGAACAUAGACAUGUUAGAGAUUGAGAACGAUAAAGACAAAUCCAGAAUGCUUCUUGUUGAAGAUGAUGGUGGUGGAAUGGACCCCGAUAAAAUGCGGCAGUGCAUGUCCCUGGGUUAUUCAGUCAAGAGCAAAAUUGCUAGUACUAUUGGACAAUAUGGCAAUGGUUUUAAGACAAGUACAAUGAGGCUUGGUGCUGAUGUUUUAGUCUUCUCCCGUAGUCGUGGAAGAGAAGGCAAAAGGGCUACACAAAGUAUUGGCAUGCUAUCUUAUACGUUUCUUAGGAGCACUGGUAAAGAGGAUAUCAUUGUUCCAAUGAUUGAUUUUGAAUACAAACAAGGUUGGGUAAGAAUGAUCCGAACUACAUUGGAUGAUUGGAACACGAACUUACGGACUAUCAAUACAUGGUCUCCAUAUUUAACUGAAGCAGAAUUACUUGAACAGUUUAGUUCUAUGAAAGAACAAGGGACUCGUAUUAUUAUUUACAAUCUUUGGGAGGAUGACCAAGGACAGUUGGAGCUUGAUUUUGAUGAUGAUGUACAUGAUAUUCAAAUAAGAGGUGGUAAUCGUGAUGAGAAAAAUAUCCAGAUGGCUAAGGAGUUCCCAAACUCCAAGCAUUUCCUCACAUACAGGCAUUCAUUGAGGAGUUAUGCGUCCAUUUUGUAUCUGCGACUUCCAACUUACUUCCAAAUGAUUUUACGUGGAAAAGAGAUUGAGCACCAUAAUAUUGUAACUGACAUGAUGCUGAAAAAAGAGGUUACAUACAGGCCAGUUGCACCUAAUGGACUUCCAAAGGAUUCAAAUAUGGUAGCUGUGGUAACAAUUGGGUUUGUGAAAGAUGCAAAACAUCACAUUGAUGUUCAAGGAUUUAAUGUAUACCACAAGAACCGUCUAAUAAAGCCUUUCUGGAGAGUGUGGACUGCUGCUGGAAGUGGUGGGCGUGGUGUCAUAGGUGUACUUGAGGCAAACUUCAUAGAGCCAGCUCAUGAUAAGCAGGACUUUGAGCGCACAACACUUCUAGCAAGACUUGAAGCACGAUUAAUUCAAAUGCAGAAGGAUUACUGGUCAGGGAAUGCUCAUCGAAUUGGAUAUGUUGGAACACGUCCUGGAAGAGCUUCUGAGGCAGGAGAGGGAGAUAACACUCAUGAAGUCACCGCAAGUGCACAACCACCCUAUCAUUCUGGGAAAGGUUACACACAGUCGAAAUAUUCCCUGAAUAAUAAAAAGAAUGGGAAGGCAAGCACAUCAUUUAGUAUUCAGCGGAGAGUUGAGAAGUCCGCAAGGACUAAACAAUCUACAAGUUCAGUACUACAUGGGCUAACAGAUGCAAGUGAUGACAGUGAUUCUGAGUAUGUGGGAACUCCAUCAUCAAGGUCAAAAUCACACACCCUGAAUAUGAACAGAAAAUCUUUCCAGAAUGGCAGUAUUAGUUUGACACCACCUCAAUUCAAUGGACUAACAGAAAGAGAGAGGAUCAGAACUAAAUCCCAGUUGGACCCAAAUGCAACAAGUAAUGGAGAUCGACAUACCAUUGAUGAGUAUGAGACUGUUAUCAAGCAAUUAAGGGUUGAAAACUCAUCUCUAAAGGAAAGAUUAUCAAAGGUGGAAGAAUCGAUAUCGCAAGAGCUGGUGAUGGAGCGUGAUAAGAACAAGUCUUUGACAGAGAGGGUGGAGGAUUUGCAGAGACAACUUGAAUCUGCUAACAAGGAACAGGAAGCAUUGAUCGACAUCUUUUCAGAAGAAAGAAACCGUAGAGACCAAGAAGAGGAUAACUUGAGGAAGAAGCUAAAGGACGCAUCUUCCACCAUACAGGACCUGCUGGAGCAACUGAAUGCUGCCAGGAAAGGUCACAAAGUUUGAGGAAAUAAAACAGCAACUAAUUAGAGCGGUUCAGUUGCAUAUUUACUGGCCUGGGGCAUAGCAUUCUGUAGGCUACUCCAUGUUUAGUUGGUUAAUCUUAGUUUAGAUCCGAGGAAUAGUUACACCGUCAUGCCCCAGAUCAAACCGCUCAUUUCUUGUACAGCCUAGUAAUGACCCAAUAAAGGGUACAUGCCGUAUAUGUUGGUGGUUGGUAUCUAACUCUCUAGAGUGGAGAACUACAUCUUGUUCAGAAUGUGCGCCAGUGUCAAGUCCUUGUCAAUUUCCUAGAACUGUUCUCUUA